UGGUCAAGAGAAGUGGGUCAGACGAGCAGCCCAAAAGUAAACGUUCCUCUCCAUUCUUGUGAACAUUUCUACAUGGUUACUAAGACUAUCGAGGGAGCACAUUCCUUGACGCCAACAUUGCGAGAUCAAGAUGGACAAAUAUUUACGCGAGAAUGGAGUGGAGGUCUGAUGGGUGGUGGAUUCGAAACCAAAGCAAGACCAUGCUUUCACGAUGGUAUUCCGCCUAACUUUGAAUUCCAACUCUUACCUGAGGACUGGGAUCAUUUUGGUGAGCUAAUGGAGCAGUUCCUACACAGGAUACCCAGUUUACACCAUGCUGAAAUACGUCAGCUUAUUAAUGGACCAGAGAGUUUCACACCUGAUGGCAGCUAUAUCAUGGGAGAAACACCCGAGGYCCGUAACUACUUCGUUGGUGCUGGUAUGAAUUCCAGUGGUAUCGCAAGUGCUGCAGGGUUGGGCAUGGCUUUAUCAGAAUGGAUCACUGAAGGACGACCAACUAUGGAUUUAUGGUCGGUCGAUAUCAAACGAUUCUCCCCGCAUGAGAACAACAAGCAAUUAUUAAGCGAACGGGUGACAGAAACCCUUGGUUGGCAUUACUAUCUUCGAUUUCCUUAUUCCGAAAAGUUUUUGGGAAGGAAGGUCAAGUGCUCGCCUUUGUACUCCAAGCUUAGUUCGGAUGGGGCUGUCUGGGGAGAAAAGAUGGGCUGGGAACGAGCUAAUUACUUUGACAAAGGAGAUCAAAGUGUUUGUAGCAAUAAAGGUUUUGGAAGACAACCAUUUGUUCAUCAUGUCCAAGUUGAGGCCAAAGCCUGUAACGAGAAUGUUGCUUUGAUUGAUAUGACUUCCAUCGGGAUGUUUGAGAUCUCUUCAGAUGACUGUUCUGCUGAACAAUUACUUCAAAUGUUAUGCUGCAAUGAUGUGAAUGUCCCUGUUGGUCAUGUUCUUAAUACUGCCAUGUUAAACGAACAAGGGUGUUAUCAAAUGAUGUGCACUUUGACCAGAACCCAUAACAACAGAUACUUUGUCCAGGUCCCUACUUCAUACAUUACAGCCGCAAAGAGUUGGGUCCAACGUCACAUUCCUGAUGGCACCUCUGUGAGACUUCAAAAUGUGGAGUCAGUGUGCGUUGUUGGAGUUUUAGGUCCUAAGUCUGAGGAAUUGCUACAAUCGCUUACACAGACUCCAUUGCGUCAAAAAGAUUUUCCUCUAAAUACACACAAGACUAUUGAUCUGGGAUUUGCAUCGAAUGUACAAGCUUUCCGAGUGGCCUCCAUCGGUGAUGAUGUCGAAAGCUGGCAACUGGUCCUUCCUUCAGAGUUUGCACUUGGAUUAUACAAUCAGCUGAUGUCCAAUGGAAAACCGCUGGGCAUAAGGAAUGUAGGCUACUAUGCUUUAGAUUCUCUUCAUGUUAUGAAAGGCUACCCUCGAUUUGGUGUGGAAGUGAAUCCUUUUGUUAACCCUUAUGAAGCUGGACUGGAACACUAUGUUGAUGUAUGCAAGGAAAGUGAUUUCAUUGGGAAGAAAGCGUUCCUUGAUUUAAAAGACAAACCAGUCAACAAACGUAUUGUACACAUCACUUUAGAAAAGUACGAUGACAAUUGCAUCCCCUGGGGGGCUGAACCUAUCCUACGAGAUGGUCAAAGUGCUGGUAUGACSUCCUCAGCAACAAUGAGCUACUUACAGGAUGUCCCUGUUUGCCUGGGGUACAUCACGAGUAACGCGGAUGGUGUUACCAAGGAGUUCGUUGAAAAAGGCAGCUAUCAAGUUAAUGUAGCCGGUCAGCUGUUUCCCGCCAAAGUCAGUUUUUAACAAACAUCGGCACACUUCAAACCCUUCGUAGUUGAGGGUUUUUGACUYGAAUCAAUAGAAAAUUCAAGCAUCACGUUUACGGCAAACGRCUAACGGUAGAGCUGAACCAAUURCCUAAGAAUUUCUGACCUUGUGUUUGUGGUAGCCAUUUGAAAGAUCGACUUUUCGCAAUUAUGGCAAUCCCAAAAUAACCCAMUCUCGCGUUGAAACUGAUCCAAGAACCCCGGRGCUAGCGGGACGCUGAACGGGGGCGUGACGCGUUWUUAACAGCCCGGGGGGCGAGAUUUUGAUAAAUUGUUUUCGAAGCGGGGCAAAGAGCGGGGAUUUUGACGCGCGUUUUUUCAUGUAUGAGGCUGAAAACUAGAGGUCGGSCAUCUUGAGAAAUACCCUGAAGGCAUUURUAUUCAACCCUGUUUUUUCAUUUGAUUAUUUUUCCUUCCAUGAAAAAAAAAUUAAAAGAAACUUAUUACACAUGUUUUUGUCCGUCCAGUUAGCCUCAUGUAGUACGCAAAUGAAAACACAGGAUGAUACAAAAAUUAACCUUGUGUAUCACAGAACAUUUGAUUGAAAGGUCUUUAUUUUGUUAUUUACUACUAGACCAAAAUAGCGGGGCAACAUUAGCGGGGAUUUUAACAAUGAAUGUGCCCCCGACUACGGGGAGAAAUGUCUUAUUUUAACACCACUCAAGCGUUAAAUUCCCCGGGGGUUGGGGGGCGGGGGUUUCAAUUAAGUAGUGCAUAAACCCCCCAGAAACAGGUCACGUGAUCUUUUCUGCCGUUUGCCGUGAACGUCAUGCUUAAGCUCUCUAAUAUAUAUGAAGCAAAUCAGGCUGAAUCAAAUCGACACAGAAGUUUUUAAGAUAAUUAGUAUUAAUAAUUAAUAUUAAUAUUGAUAAGUAUUAACUUUAAUUAUUAAAAUUAUUAUUAAUA